CUCUGUAGAAAAACUUGAGGUUCAUACAAAAAGUCCACUCCUUUUGUCUGAUUCUUGUAUUGUUUGGUUUUUAAAAUCACCACCUACCCAAUAUUAAACUUGGUGGACUGUAUGUAUAAGGGGGGUGGGUGGGUGUGGAGGGGAUGAAAUGAGCAAAAAUGGCAGUAGGAAAUGGGGGUGAUGUAUGGAAAGCCCAUGCUGCAAUGGCUUUGGUUCAGCUUGUCUAUGGUGGUUACCAUGUGAUUACUAAGGUGGCUCUCAAUGUGGGCAUCAAUGAAAUUGUCUUCUGUUUGUAUAGAGACCUUAUUGCUAUAGCUAUUCUUGCCCCAAUUGCCUAUUUCCGUGAAAAGAGGUCGAGGCUUCCUCUGAAUAAGCGGCUUGUACUGUCAUUCUUCCUUCUAGGAUUAACUGGUAUUUUUGGUUGCCAACUGUUGUUCCUUAUUGGUCUUGGCUUCACGAAUCCGACUUAUGCUGCUGCUUUACAACCUGCAAUACCAGUCUUCACGUUCAUACUUGCUGUUCUCAUGGGUACGGAAACAGCGAAACUUCUUACUGUGGAAGGUCAGACAAAGGUUGGAGGUACUAUUGUUUGUGUUUCUGGGGCAAUUUUAAUGGCUAUUUCCCGUGGCCCAGUGGUGUUUGGAGACAGCACAGUGGACUUCACAGCACAAAUUGAGAUAAGUGCUAAGGUUCAACCGGAGCCUGCUGGAUGGCUAAUGUCUAGCUUUCUAGAGUCGGGAUUUGAUAAUUGGCACCUUGGCGUCUUAUGUUUAAUAGGAAACUGUAUGUGCAUGGCAGCAUACUUUGCUUUUCAGGCUCCAGUUUUGGAAAAAUACCCAGCAAACUUAUCAUUGACAGCAUAUUCAUACCUUUUUGGUGUUCUAUUAAUGAUUGGGACGUCAUUUUUUGUGACCAAUGGAUCAACAGACUGGUAUUUGACACAAUCUGAACUUGUCGCUGUGUGCUAUGCUGGAAUUCUGGCAUCAGCCCUGAACUAUGGACUUAUGACAUGGUGCAAUAAGGUUCUUGGCCCUGCUUUAGUUGCUUUAUACAGUCCGCUCCAACCAGUAGCGUCAGCAAUUUUAUCUAGUGUUUUUCUUCGGAGCCCUAUUUAUCUGGGAAGCAUUUUAGGAGGAGUUCUCAUUAUAGCUGGGCUUUAUUUAGUAACUUGGGCAUCUUACAGAGAGAAACAGGCAGCUAUGGGAACUAUAACUCAUGAUCCGCGGAUAACGGAUCCCCUAAUCCCAUAUCAGAUAGAACACAUUUCCUUUGUUCCUUCUUCCUCAAUGCCAAAGACCAGUGAUUAGAUACUGCUACAAACAUCAUUUGCAUGUCCAUUUUAUUCAUCCUCUUCAUGUUAAUAUGUAUAGUGCAGUUCAUUGCUAAGAACAAUGUCACUAUGUAUUGCAGUUUUAUCAAGUUCUUUUUCAGAAGUUAAUACAUGUUAAUAAACUCUCUCCUCAAAUCAAAACAUCUUUGAUUUUCACACACAAAAAAAGUGAAGAAUCAAUGCAAUACUAAGGCCA